CUACCAAAUGCCACCUUUCUUAGGAAAAACCGUUCUCAUUCUUCUUUUUCUCUUUGUACUUUUCUCUCUCGCCGCACCUUCAAUUUUCUUGACUUCUUCGCAUUUUCCUUCCUCGCUACCAUCGCUCAACCAUAAAUCUCAUCAACACAAUCACUUUCUUCAUUCAUCUACUACAUUCUUUUCUUCAAUCAUCAUCAUAAUCACCAUGAUUUCCCAACUCAAUUUCACAUCUUCUUCAUUGCCUUUUACACCGCUUUCUUCCUCCAAACCUAAACUUUCCACAACGCUCACUUUUCACAAUGUUGCAAAAAAUACUAUACAUUUUAAACCUCUGUACCUUUCAUCCACUCAGAAUUUCAGUUUCUCAACUGCAAAGAGGGUAACAGAGUGUCAUGCAUAUGAAGCUGAUCGGUCAGAGUCAGAGCCAGCGCCGUUGGCGGUUAACAUUGAUGUUCCUGUUGAACCGGUAGCUCAGAAGAUGAAAAUUGGUUUGUAUUUUGCUACAUGGUGGGCUUUGAAUGUUGUGUUCAAUAUAUACAACAAGAAGGUUUUGAAUGCUUUUCCUUAUCCAUGGCUUACUUCCACUUUAUCACUUGCUGCUGGUUCUCUCAUCAUGUUGAUUUCAUGGGCUACAAGAGUUGCUGAUGUUCCUAAAGUUGAUUUUGAUUUUUGGAAGGCUUUGUUUCCGGUUGCAGUGGCACAUACAAUUGGGCAUGUUGCAGCUACUGUGAGUAUGUCCAAAGUUGCAGUUUCGUUUACACACAUAAUCAAAAGUGGAGAACCUGCUUUCAGUGUUUUGGUAUCAAGGUUCUUGCUUGGUGAAUCUUUUCCUUUGCAAGUUUACCUUUCACUGUUGCCGAUUAUCGGAGGUUGUGCACUUGCUGCUGUCACUGAGCUUAAUUUCAAUAUGAUCGGGUUUAUGGGGGCUAUGAUAUCCAAUGUGGCCUUUGUGUUUAGGAAUAUAUUUUCAAAGAAGGGAAUGAAAGGAAUGUCUGUUAGUGGAAUGAACUACUACGCCUGCCUCUCUAUAUUAUCUCUAUUGCUUCUCACCCCUUUUGCUAUUGCUGUCGAAGGCCCAGCGUUGUGGGCUGCUGGCUGGCAAACAGCAGUGUCUCAGAUUGGUCCCAAUUUUGUAUGGUGGGUAGCAGCACAGAGUGUCUUCUACCACUUGUACAAUCAAGUAUCUUAUAUGUCUCUUGAUCAGAUUUCUCCAUUAACGUUUAGCAUAGGGAACACAAUGAAGAGAAUCUCGGUUAUCGUCUCUUCCAUCCUUAUCUUCCGCACCCCAAUUCAGCCAAACAAUGCCCUUGGAGCUGCCAUUGCAAUCCUUGGCACCUUCCUCUAUUCACAGGCUAAACAGUAAUAUGUAGUUUGGAAGCUUCUCUAUGCUAAGGAAAUGUGAGCGAGGAUUCAAUUCAAGGCUGAAGCUCCAAACAAAUGAUAUAUUUAUUAAUGAAGUUAAUAGAAGUUCAGGCUGCUUUAUUUGUGGCUAUAGAGUUAUAGUAAUUUUAAUCACAAUUCAAUUUUGUUUUCACUUUUCAGUCUAUAUGAGUUUUUUGUUUCUUUCCUGUAAUCAGAGGUUAAAAUAAUGUACUGCAGUAAAUAAGAACAAUGUGUCAGAGUUUUGCAUGUUGAGGCUGAUCCUAUAUAUUUUCAAUAAUUGAGGCUU